UCCAGAAAGGAGAGCAAAGCAAGCUGUGCCUCAAGUACAGCCACUGGCCUCACAGCUUAAAUCAAUAAUAAUAGUAAUAAUAAUAAAUAUGUCCUUAACGGUGUUGACUUCUACUUACAGACUGAGGUCCCUCUGCAGACUGAGGCGAAUCCAGGGCCACAUGAUGUCGAGUCAUGUGGAACAGGAAGUUGUCAUGGAGAAAGUGGGCAAAGCCGGCGUGAUCACCCUGAACAGACCUAAAGUCCUGAAUGCGCUCAACCUGUCCAUGAUCCGACAGAUCUACCCUCAGCUCAAGAAAUGGGAUAAGGACAAUGAGACUGACAUUGUGAUUAUCAAAGGAGCGGGUGGGAAAGCCUUUUGUGCUGGUGGAGACAUCAGAGCCGUUACAGAAGCAGGGAAGGUCGGAGACUCUCUCGCACAGGACUUUUUCCGUGAGGAAUAUAUUCUGAACAAUCUUAUAGGAGGUUGCAGUAAACCAUAUAUCGCCCUCAUUGAUGGAAUAACAAUGGGAGGGGGUGUAGGUCUAUCAGUUCAUGGCCGGUUCCGAGUAGCCACUGAGAAGACGCUGUUUGCCAUGCCGGAGACCGCCAUCGGUCUGUUCCCUGAUGUAGGAGGCGGCUAUUUUCUGCCGAGGCUCCGGGGAAAGUUGGGACUGUUUCUGGCCUUGACAGGCUUCCGUCUCAAAGGGCGUGAUGUGCAGAGAGCUGGAGUCGCUACUCACUUUGUAGAGUCUAAGAAGAUCCCAGACCUGGAGAAGGAGCUGGUGGACUUGAAGUCUCCCUCCGCUGACGACGUCUCCAGAGUUUUAGACUCCUUCCAGAACAAGAGCAGUCUGGAUUCUGACAAGCCUUUUAUCUUGGACAAGCACGUAUCUGAUAUCGACAGGCUGUUCAGCUCCGGCAGCGUGGAGGGCAUCAUGCAGAACCUGAAGGCCGACGGCUCCGAGUUCGCUAAGAAACAAGCUGAGACGCUGUCUAAGAUGUCUCCCACGUCCCUGAAAAUCACCUACAAGCAGCUGCAGGCAGGCGCCUCUCUGAGCCUGCCAGACGUGUUGGUGAUGGAGUAUCGACUGAGUCAAGCCUGCAUGAGAGGCUGCGAUUUCUACGAGGGAGUUCGAGCUGUGCUGGUUGACAAGGACCAGAGCCCCAAGUGGAAUCCAUCAACACUGGAAGGGGUGUCGGACCAGAGCGUGGAGCAGUGCUUCUCCUCGCUGGGAGGGAAGGACCUGACUUUCUGAUGUCCUGCCAGCCAGCAGCUGCUUCCCACUUUCAAACACACACCACUGAGCCUUUCUCUAAACAGCUGCUUCCUGUCCCCACAUCUCCAUUAUUGUCAGUCAUUCAUGAGGACUGUAAGGCUGAGGAUGAAGGAAUAUGAGGGAGACAGUUUGCUAUUAUACAUCAAUACACAGGUCAAAUACUGGAAUGGGUUGAUUCUAUAGACGGACGAGGUUUGUAGGUGGAGGUAGAAGUCGCCGUCAUCGCAGAAAAAUUGUUUCUUUUAACACUAUGUAAAGGAUUUGACGUUUUGGGUGUUGGAUGCGAAGAAAUCUCAUAGAAACGGUUAUGUGUUGAAAAAUAUUGUCAUCGUGUGCCGUUAAAAUAAAAGUUAUAAGCUAAAAAUACUUUUCAAUAACAUUUAGUCCCGUUUUAACAGACGGCGAGACGCCUCCAUUACAUUCAUUCUACUUCCAUACAUCUCCAUUAAAUCCUCAUGUUUCAAUCCGAGCCGCGUGUCGAGCGGUGACCGCUGAAGACCGAGCGAUCUGUCCACAGUUCACUAUUACUCUAUCGUCUGUCUCCCGAGUUUUAUUGAACGGUUCGUUUCUUCUAAUUACAAUCCAAUAAUACGCUAGCAAGCGAUUCCCUGAUGGGUUUAAUGAGCUACUUCACACAACACCUUAACAUCCAGACUCGGAGAGAAGGUGCAAUUUAUUUUUCCCAAAGCUUGUGUUAUAACCAGUAUCAUACUGGUUGUUUUUAGUGGAACUUCCACAUUCACACAGACCACCUUCAUCUGUCGGACCUCGAUUAAACAGCUCUGCUUUCACUAGAGCUGCAACUAAAAACCUGUCACAUAUGAGAAGCUGGAACCAGAAGAAGUUGGACAUUUUUGCUUGAAAA